AUGGCAGGAUAUUCUUUACGUAGGAGAUACUCAAAUUCUUCGGCUUCUGAGACGAGCACGGUCCGCGCCGCGUCAUCAGGUGGAGCCUUGGGAUCGGACCAGGUCGCCGGACGCGGUGCUCACAACUACUACGCUCCCGGGAACACCCGUGGAGGCUGGCGAGGACGGGGUACGUUCGCGGGAGGAAGAGGCCGUGGCGGCGGGCGCUACGGCACCUACUUCCCGCGUCCUGUCUCCCCACCUCCGCAGCGCCCCAACGACCAGCAGUUGCUGGAGCGUCGGGAUGCGGCGAGGGAGGCGCGGGCAAGUGAGCAGCAUCGCUGCGUCGAGGACAACGAUAUCGACGCCCGCCGCAAGGCCGCGGCCAAAAUUCUCCUGGAGACGAGGGAACACAGGAGCAGGGGCGCCCGCAAGGUUGCCGCUGCUCCUAUGGUUGGUGCAGAAGCCGGUCCGGCUGGCCCGGAAGCCAACACCAACGUCGCCAGGGUCAUCGUCGGCGGUAGGUUCAUCCGCGCCGACGAUGACCGGCAGCGGUAUUACGACGACGAGGAGGUGAAGGAAGUCCUGGCCAAGCUUAAGGUGCAGAAAGAAUCUGGCGCGUACUGGGAAAAGCUCCAGGCGCCAGGGCCUGUGGGCUCCGAGUACGCGGCCAUGAUGGAGAAGGCGAAGAAGAUCUGGGAGGCCAAGCUUCGCUGGCGGGCUCGUUACCCGCCGCAUCGGUACGAUUUCUCGUACCUGUGCAUGGAGAACCCGGCUGUGCCGAGGUUCAACAUCCGCGGCGUCUGGGGAGGACUCUACUAG